CAAAAGUUUAGCAUUAAAAAUACUACAUUUUUUUCGUUGGAGUUCGCAAAACUAGUUUUGUUUUUAAGUGUCCUGUAAAUGAAAAACCCAUCUAUUAAAUUACACUGUAAUUGACUUGAACGUUACAAGACAUGGCUACAAUCAAGGUUUCAACAGAAGCACUAGAGAUAGCUCAAGAAAAACUUAAAGUUUUCAGAGCGCGGGCGUCAAAACAGGAAUGGAAAGCAUUUGAAAUUGUUGAUGCCAACAAAGAUGAGAUGGUAAAUUUUGAGUCGAUUCACAGGUUUGAAGCAAGGCUGCAUGCUGUAAUGGAAACCAAAGUACGACUACCAUGUGUAGUCUGCCAAGCCAGUGAUGGUGCAGUGUUUUGCAGUAUUACAUACACAAGCAUGUUAACUGCAAAAGAAAAACUUUCUCAUUCUAGAAUGAAACCCACAUUUUACUUUGUGGUUUUUCCAAAUGAGACCAUUUUAUACAGCACAAAAAAAAUGAUUCCUGAAGUUAUCUCCAACAUAUUGAUCCAAGUUUAUGGUGGGACCCAGUUAAAACAGCUACCCCUUGAAGGUAAAGACUUCAGGUCAUUACGGCAACUGCAUUUGAACAAAUUGCAUAAGGGAAAGCUGUGCAGAAGACCUGUUCAAGAUAAACAUCCCAUCGACUCCGAUAUCGAAAUGAGUGGAGAUUCCUCGUCAGAUGAAAAAGAAGUUCAAAUUAAAGAUGAAGAUAAGCCCUGGAAGAAAAAUAAGAAUAAAUAUUAUAGCCAGCAUUUUUAUCCUGAUGAAGAUCCGGUCAUAACCAAAUUCACCGUUUCGUCGUCAUCCAAGUUUACUGGUACAGGUGCGAUCUCAAAACUUCAUUGUGAUCUCAAAGUCACCUUCCGAUCGGAAAAUCUCAUCAAGUUUUUUAAUGAUUCCAUGGACAGUGGAAUUCUAUCUUACCCACUAAACCCUUUCUUGGAAAACGUCGUUAAGUUAGGCCGCACAUCAGUUACGAUAAAGGAUACUGAAGAAAAUUAGGUUUCAUGUGUUUUAACAUCUGUUUAUAAAGUUCAAUUACUUUGUAAAUUACCUGGAUUCCCGUUCCUUAAAUAAAUCUUUUUCAAAAUUAAA